AUGGCCACCCAAACACCCGCCGUUGUCAUGGACAACGGCACGGGUUUCUCCAAGCUAGGUUUCGCCGGCAACGACUCCCCAUCCUUCGUCUUCCCGACCGCGAUUGCCACGAAAGGCGCAGCUGGUGGCGGCGGUGGCUCAGGCUCCGGCCGUCCUGCUGUUGCGAACAAACCCUCCUUCCUGACUGGCGGUGCUGGCCCGUCCGGCCAUCUCAACUCGAAACGUGGCACAGAGGACCUGGACUUCUUCAUCGGCGAUGAGGCAAUAGCAGCAUCUGGCGGACCUGGAUACGGUCUACACUACCCCAUCCGCCAUGGACAAAUAGAGAACUGGGAUCACAUGGAGCGCUUCUGGUCCAACUCCAUCUUCAAGUACCUGCGAGUAGAGCCUGAAGACCACCACUUCCUUCUCACCGAGCCCCCCCUGAACCCUCCCGAGAACCGAGAAAACACCGCCGAGAUCUUCUUCGAGUCUUUCAACUGCGCCGGUCUCUAUAUCGCCGUGCAGGCCGUCCUCGCCCUCGCAGCAUCGUGGACGUCCUCCAAGGUGCAGGAUCGCUCGCUGACCGGAACUGUCAUCGAUUCCGGUGAUGGUGUCACUCACGUCAUCCCCGUUGCCGAGGGAUACGUCAUCGGCUCUUCGAUCAAGUCGAUCCCCAUCGCCGGUCGCGACAUCACAUACUUCGUCCAGUCCCUCCUCCGUGACCGCGGCGAGCCCGACUCUUCACUCAAGACCGCCCAGGAGAUCAAGGAGGAGCACUGCUACGUGUGCCCUGACAUCGUCAAGGAGUUCAGCCGUUUCGACCGCGAUCCUACACGCUUCGCCCAGCACCCUGUGCUUCAGCCCGGCGGCCGCAAGGUCACCGUUGACGUGGGCUACGAGCGCUUCCUGGCGCCCGAGAUCUUCUUCAACCCGGAGAUCUACAGCUCCGACUUCCUGACGCCCCUGCCUACCGUGGUCGACGGCGUCAUCCAGUCCAGCCCCAUCGACGUUCGUCGUGGUCUGUACAAGAACAUUGUGCUCUCGGGUGGUAGCACGCUGUACAAGGACUUUGGCCGCCGGCUGCAGCGGGACAUCAAGCACCUGGUCGACAACCGCAUCCGCGCCAGUGAGGUGCGCAGCGGAGGAGCGAGGAGCGGUGGCUUGGAGGUGCAGGUCAUCACGCACAAGAGGCAGAGGCACGGUCCGUGGUUCGGAGGCAGCUUGCUGGGACAGACGCCCGAGUUCAGGUCGUACUGCCACACCAAGGCGGAGUACGAUGAGUAUGGACCAGGUAUUGUGCGAAGAUUUGCCCUUCUUGGUGGGCCGGGUGGUUCUUAA